ACCAUCCCACACAAUUCCUACCCAAAGAAUCCCACCAUCAUACAAUCCCAAGUAUCAAAAUCAUCAAAUGGGUGAGAAAGAUGAGAAAAAGAAUGAAGGAGAGAAGAAGGUCACUGAAGCCAAAAAUCAAGGAGAGAAGAAGGCUGCCGACGGUGGUGGCAAGAAAGACGACGCCCAAUCCCCCAUCGUCUUGAAGUUGGACUUGCAUUGUGAAGGCUGUGCCAAGAAAGUCAAGCGUUCCAUUAAGCAUUUCGAUGGUGUGGAAGAUGUCAAGGCGGACUGCGCCAGCAACAAGUUGACGGUGACGGGGAAUGUGGACCCCGGUUGGCUUCGAGAGAAAGUCGAGCAAAGGACCAAGAAGAAGGUGGAGCUGCUCUCCCCUCCUUCCAAGAAGGAAAGUGGUGGCGGAGGAGACAAGAAGGCUGACGACAAAGCCGAUAAAAAGUCAGAUGACAAAAAGAAGGACGAGCCCAAGAAGCCCAAAGAGCCUCAAGUGAGUACAGUGGUGUUGAAGAUUCGGCUGCAUUGCGACGGAUGUGCGCAUAAGAUAAAGCGAAUCAUCAAGAAGAUUGAUGGGGUAGAAGAAGUAGCUAUUGAUAACGAAAAGGACUUGGUCACGGUGAAGGGGACAAUGGACGCGAAGGACCUCGCACCCUACUUGAAAGACAAAUUAAAGCGGACAGUGGAUGUUGUCCCGCCGAAGAAAGACGAUGGCGGUGGUGACAAGAAAGCGAAAGAAGGUGGCGGAGACAAGAAAGAGAAAGAGAAACAGAAGGAAAGCGGUGGCGACAAAGGAGCUGCGGAGUCCAAGGGCGCCGGUGGUGGCGGAGGAGACAAAGGGAAAAGCAUCGAGGAGCCAAAGGUUGAGGUGCAUAAAUUGGAAUACCAUGGUGCUAGUGCUAGUACACCAUACACGUAUUAUUAUGGUAUGCCGGUGUACAACCAAUCUUAUGCAAAUCAAGACUAUGGUGUGAGCGUGCCCACCAUGUACAAUCAAGGGGGUUAUGGCACCACCGGCUACGUGGUGGAUUACCGCCCCCACGAGCCACCUCCACCGCCACCGGUGUACUUGCCUGCCCAUGAUCAAAUGUUCAGCGACGAAAAUCCUAAUGCGUGCUCCGUCAUGUGAAAACGACACCCCACCACUCUGCGAGCAAGGGAGAGGGAGGGAGAGAGAGAGAGAGUUCAGAUUAAAUUAAAAUUGUAAAUAAGGAUAGCUGGGAAGUAAACCCCCCCCCCCCCCCAAAAAAAAAAAAAGAAGACUGGCCAGGUUAGUACGAUAACGUAAAUAUGAGGACAGAUUUUCCUUUUAUAAAAAUGCCAUUUCUUAGGUUAUGGAGACGGUUAAACCGCCAAGUAGAUUGGGGGGUGGUUUAAUUAGUUUCAUUAAUUAGCUUGGUCCAUUUUUUUUUUCUUUUCCGGUUUUGACUUAUAUGUUGUAAGUCGAUUACAUAAUCAAUUUUGUUCAAUUUCAAUUAGCAUUUUGUUCGCA